AUGGCCUUGCUCUGGCUUCUCUCCUGCGUCACCCUCAUCGGGACCCACUUUGGAUCUGGGGCCCAUGCUAGUGACCCGGAGAUGAGCAUUACACCCAGGAUCAUCAAUGGCGUGCAAGCUCUUCCUGGCACCUUGCCCUGGCAUGCGAUGCUGCAGAGUCCCAGUGGCGCCUUGAUCUGCGGGGGCUCCCUGAUCCACAGGAGAUGGGUGCUCACCAGUGCCACCUGCAAUGUCACGACAUCUGACUGGGUUGUUGUGGGGAUGUAUAACCCGCAUUCAAAUAAGAAUAUCAUGCAUCGAAUAGAGGUUGCCAAGGUUAUUCGUCAUCCUAUGACUCGUGUCUUUAAUGACAUCGCCCUGGUGAAGAUGAAUUUUCCUAUUGACUUCUCAGGGACAGGGUCCACCAUUAUCUUGUCCAAUGUCCAUGAUAAGUUCUCUCCCAGGAGCAAGUGUAUCGUUGUGGGCUGGGGUCUUAAUGAACGCAAUGGAUUCCAGUACCCCGAGAUUCAACAUGAAGCCGCUGUGUCUCUUCUGUCCACACGCAACUGCGAGAGGUUCUUGGGCAAUUUGUUACACAAGACCCUGAUCUGUGCUGAGGCCAACGGCGUCAGCCUCGGCUCCGGUGAUUCAGGCAGCCCACUGGUCUGCAGGAAGUAUAGAGUCUGGACCUUGGUGGGCAUCUCUUCUCUUAGCAAUCAGAACGGCCAUACCUCGAAGCCUUUUGUCGCCACCCGUGUAGCUCCAUUUAUACCCUGGAUUUUGAAGACCAUCAAGCACAACUAA